AUGAUGAACGACCUGACCCUCGAGCUGGGCAGGAGGAGACGAGCGGCUUGGGGAGCGCAUGUGAGCAUCGAGAAUGUAGUGAAGAAGAUCAGAAACACCCGGCUUCGUGCUCACUUCUUCAACACCACCGUGCUUCCUGCUUUGACCUAUGCUUCGAAACCUGGGCAUUUCGCAAGCAGGAAGAAAAUGCGCACACUACAGGAAGAUAACCGACGUGAUGGUCAGAUUUCUUCACGAAGUCCUUCAAAGAAAAAUAUGAUGCUCUUCGGGUCCCACGCGAAAGGAGUAACCACUGGCCUCCCCCGGCACGCCACCGGAACAAAUGGAAGAAUUACUGGCGCCCGCUCGACCAGUUCGAAGGUCAGUGGAAGUCAAGGUGAUCAAGGUGAUCAAGGCACAAAACAAUCCGUAGCCGUAAAAGGUCGUCUUGAAUGCAACGGAGUACCAGCAUCAAAUGUGAAGGUGAAACUCUACGAAAAGGAGCUACUUUUCGAUAAAAAAUUGGAUCAAGGAAAAACGAAUUCAUCUGGAGCUUUCUAUUUAUCUGGAAGCAAAACGGAAAUCACUAACAUCGACCCUAAAGUAAAUAUUUACCACAAAUGUGGAUACAAAGGGCCCUGCUACAAAAAGAUUGGAAUCACCGUCCCGGAUAGUUUCAUAACUCGCGGCAGCACACCAAAAUCCGCCUUCGAUAUCGGUACAAUCAAUCUUGCCGGCAAAUUCAAGGGAGAAUCAAUAGACUGCAUAAAUUGA